AUGGUAUUUUUGAAAGCCACAGGGGCCCUGACGUUGAGAUAUGCGUCCUUGAGAACUUUUCUGAGCUCAUCACCCGCUUUUUCUGUUAGAAGACAGCGGAAGAAGACCAAAAGAGAAGCCGCCGAUACACCUCGAGAUCACAUUCUCCACUUAGAAAUUCAAGAAGCUUUGAAAGCAUUUAAUAACAAACUGGGUAAAAGCAUUAACAUCGAGCAGAUAGAAAACCCUACAGAAGUAAUACAGGAGUACUUUGCAUAUGAUAGACCGCAAACUUUGAAAGAAGUACCGAUUAUUUAUCAAACAGCAGAAGGAGAUGGAUUGGGGGUGUACGAAGAGCCCGAGAAUAAUCGUUAUGGGAUGGUGAGGAUACCCAAGACAAUACCAGGAGACAUUGUAAAUACCCAAAUGUUACGCCAUCACAAAAGCUAUGCCGAGGGUUCAGUUGUGGACAUAAAAACUCCAAGUACUCGUCGUCGAGACAAACUUGUGGUGUGUGAAAAGUUUGAUACUUGUUCUGGAUGUCAAUUUCAAAUGACGUCCUAUGACGACCAGUUGGAACACAAAAGGGACAUUAUUCUGAGAGCAUACAAGUUUUUCUAUCCCAAACUUGAUCAACCAGAAGGGUUUGGAUAUGUCAACGGUUCUACUAUGCAAUAUGCGUAUCGUACGAAAUUAACUCCACAUUACAAAGUACUGAAAACACGUCAUGUAAUCAAUGGUGAGCCUGUUGAAAUCGGGUUCAACAGUGCUCAUAUGGGGAAAGGGCGCUUGGUGGAUGUGGAACAUUGUCCCAUCUCCAGCCCCGCUGUAAACCAGGGACUUCGUCAAGUCCGUACGGAAACCCAUUCCAAAAUAUCCAAACACAUUGAGGAAACGGGCAAAUCAUUGAAAGAUGGCACUUUAAUCUUGAGAGAAAGUUUUAGAGUAGACCAUGCAACUGGAGAGUACGACAGUGUGUGCUUAUCAAACCCCUCACAGAUUGUUACAGAGAAAGUUGGAGACUACAUAUUUCAAUUCCCAGCUACAGAAUUCUUUCAAAUCAACAGAUACAUUCUUCCAGAUGUCUUGGACUAUAUAAAGUAUCAUUUGAGUAUGCACAAUCCUACAAACUUGGUGGAUGCCUAUUGUGGAUCUGGGUUUUUCGGAAUUUCUCUCUCUCUGGAGAUCCCGGGGAAAGUAUUUGGAAUCGAGGUUGCUGCUAAUUCUCUCAAGUAUGCAACUCAUAAUGCAAAACUUAAUGGCCUCUCAACCCCUGAAAAGGUUAGUUUCAUUGAGGGAAAUGCCGACGAUAUGUUUAAGAAUUCUGAAUUCAUUGAAUCGAAAAUCGAUGGCAAAGAAUCGGUAGUAAUAAUGGACCCUUCGAGAAAGGGAUCAAGUGAGAGUUUCAUGGGGCAAUUGCUUGAGUUUCAACCAAAGCUAAUUGUUUAUGUGAGCUGCAAUGUUUUCACACAGGCAAGAGAUCUAGCAACUUUUGAGAGACUCCAACAACUGGGAAAUACUGCCAAGUAUCGAGUCAAAGAAGUCACUGGGUUUGACUUCUUUCCCCAAACAAAGCACGUAGAGAGUGUGGCGAUAUUGGAAAGAAUAUAG